AUGGCCUCCGCAGGCACCCCGAUCAGCCGUACACUGCGCUAUAUGCGAUGGGCAGCUCAUGAGAAGCCGGCCCUCUUCUUCGCCGUUGCCAUCGCCAGCACGGCCCCAGUCUUUAUGGUCGUUGGAAAUGCGUUGAAGUCGAGUGGGAAAUAUGUUGCACCAGAGCCAGUGCCGAGGUCCUACCCAUUGCCGCAGCGCCAGAGGAGGCCAGUACAAGGCUACGAGGACGAAUAG